CAGAGUGGUUUGGCUGCUCAGCGUAGACUUGUCAUCGGUUUGCUCGUCGACUGCGGCUCUAUAUUGGGCAGCAGAAGCGGCGCUGUGAACGAAGAAGUGGCCUAAGACUUUGGCUUAAGGAAGAGAUGGCCCGAACCAAGCAGACUGCGCGUAAGUCGACGGGUGGAAAAGCGCCCCGCAAACAGCUGGCAACUAAAGCCGCCAGGAAAAGCGCCCCCUCUACCGGCGGGGUGAAAAAGCCUCAUCGCUACAGGCCCGGGACCGUGGCGCUGCGAGAAAUCCGUCGCUAUCAGAAGUCGACAGAGCUGCUGAUCCGGAAGCUGCCUUUCCAGAGGCUGGUGAGGGAGAUCGCCCAGGAUUUCAAGACCGACUUGAGGUUUCAGAGCGCUGCCAUCGGCGCCCUGCAGGAGGCUAGUGAAGCGUACCUGGUGGGGUUAUUUGAAGAUACUAAUCUGUGUGCCAUCCACGCCAAGAGAGUCACCAUCAUGCCCAAAGACAUCCAGUUGGCUCGCCGGAUACGGGGGGAGAGAGCAUAAGCGAAGGCAGUUUUUAUGGUGUUUUGUAGUAAAUUCUGUAAAAUAAAAAAAAAG